CGGCGGCGGCGGCGGCGCGAGCUCCGGCGGUGGCAGCGGGGCAAGCUGCGCCGCCAGCGUGGAGCGUGCGGGUGCGGAGCGCGGGGAGCGCGAGUGCGAGUGGAGCGGACGUGUACAUCUCAUGAUUGAUGUGAAGAAAAUAGUCAUGGGCCAGUGAUCAAGAUACUUCUCUGAGAAAUGCUGCUGAUGCUGCUCUACACGGUUAUACAAUGAGUGUUUGGUUUAAGGAAGAUUUUCUUAUUUAAAAGAUUUUCAUCUUGGGAAUAUAUCAAGUGAAGAUUACCAUCUCUUGGGAAACAUUUUCCUCCUAAUAAAUUAUACUGGUAAUGGGCGACAUGGCAAAUAACUCCGUUGCAUAUAGCGGAGUCAAAAACUCCUUGAAGGAAGCCAAUCAUGAUGGCGAUUUUGGAAUUACACUCGCUGAGCUGCGAGCCCUCAUGGAGCUCAGGUCUAUGGAUGCAUUACGAAAAAUCCAGGAGAGCUACGGAGAUGUUUAUGGAAUUUGUACCAGGUUGAAAACAUCUCCCAAUGAAGGUUUAAGUGGAAAUCCUGCAGAUAUAGAAAGAAGACAAGCAGUGUUUGGAAAGAAUUUUAUACCUCCUAAAAAGCCAAAAACCUUUCUUCAGUUAGUAUGGGAAGCAUUGCAAGAUGUCACUUUAAUCAUAUUAGAAAUUGCAGCCAUAGUAUCAUUGGGCCUUUCUUUUUAUCAACCUCCAGAAGGAGACAAUGCACUUUGUGGGGAAGUUUCUGUGGGAGAGGAAGAAGGUGAAGGUGAAACGGGUUGGAUCGAAGGUGCUGCAAUCCUCCUGUCUGUGGUGUGUGUGGUGCUGGUAACAGCCUUCAAUGACUGGAGUAAGGAAAAGCAGUUCCGGGGUUUGCAGAGUCGGAUUGAGCAGGAGCAGAAGUUCACCGUCAUCAGGGGUGGCCAAGUUAUCCAGAUACCUGUGGCUGACAUCACUGUUGGUGAUAUCGCGCAAGUGAAAUAUGGUGAUCUUCUUCCAGCUGAUGGCAUCCUGAUUCAAGGCAACGAUCUGAAAAUUGACGAGAGCUCAUUGACUGGUGAAUCUGAUCACGUUAAGAAAUCUUUAGAUAAAGAUCCCUUACUUUUGUCAGGUACUCAUGUAAUGGAAGGCUCUGGGAGAAUGGUAGUUACUGCCGUGGGCGUAAAUUCUCAAACUGGAAUUAUCUUUACCUUACUUGGAGCUGGAGGUGAAGAAGAGGAGAAAAAAGAGGAGAAGAAAAAGGAAAAGAAAAAUAAGAAACAAGAUGGAACUAUUGAGAAUCGAAACAAAGCAAAAGCUCAGGACGGUGCAGCCAUGGAAAUGCAGCCUCUGAAGAGUGAGGAAGGUGGAGAUGGUGAUGAAAAAGACAAAAAGAAAUCCAAUUUGCCAAAAAAAGAAAAAUCUGUUCUACAAGGCAAACUUACAAAACUGGCCGUUCAGAUUGGCAAAGCAGGUUUGUUGAUGUCUGCCAUCACUGUCAUCAUUCUAGUAUUAUAUUUUGUAAUCGAUACAUUCUGGGUACAAAAGAGACAAUGGCUUGCUGAAUGUACGCCGAUUUAUAUCCAAUAUUUUGUCAAGUUCUUCAUUAUUGGCGUAACAGUUUUAGUGGUCGCGGUACCAGAAGGGCUCCCACUUGCGGUCACUAUCUCUCUGGCUUAUUCUGUCAAGAAAAUGAUGAAAGAUAAUAACUUAGUAAGGCAUCUGGAUGCUUGUGAAACCAUGGGAAAUGCAACAGCUAUUUGUUCAGAUAAAACAGGAACAUUGACCAUGAAUAGAAUGACAGUAGUUCAAGCUUACAUAAAUGAAAAGCAUUAUAAAAAGGUUCCUGAACCAGAAGCUAUUCCACCAAAUAUUUUGUCCUAUCUUGUAACAGGAAUUUCUGUGAAUUGUGCAUAUACAUCAAAAAUACUGCCACCAGAGAAAGAGGGUGGAUUGCCUCGUCAUGUGGGUAAUAAAACUGAAUGUGCCUUGUUGGGACUUCUUUUGGACUUGAAGAGGGACUAUCAGGAUGUCAGGAAUGAAAUCCCAGAAGAAGCACUGUACAAGGUCUACACCUUCAAUUCUGUCAGGAAGUCCAUGAGUACUGUUCUGAAAAAUUCUGAUGGAAGUUUUCGCAUUUUCAGCAAGGGUGCAUCGGAGAUCAUUCUGAAAAAAUGUUUCAAAAUUUUGAGUGCUAACGGUGAAGCCAAAGUAUUCCGGCCUAGGGACAGAGAUGACAUUGUGAAAACCGUGAUUGAGCCCAUGGCAUCAGAAGGCUUGCGAACGAUCUGUCUUGCGUUUCGCGAUUUCCCAGCAGGAGAACCAGAACCAGAGUGGGACAAUGAAAACGACAUCGUCACUGGCCUUACCUGCAUUGCUGUUGUGGGGAUUGAAGACCCGGUGAGACCAGAGGUACCAGAUGCAAUAAAGAAAUGUCAGAGGGCUGGAAUUACUGUGCGGAUGGUUACCGGUGAUAAUAUUAACACUGCUCGUGCUAUUGCUACCAAAUGUGGCAUUUUACAUCCUGGGGAAGAUUUCCUUUGUCUGGAAGGGAAAGAUUUCAAUAGAAGAAUUCGAAAUGAAAAGGGAGAGAUCGAGCAAGAACGAAUAGACAAGAUUUGGCCCAAGCUCCGAGUCCUCGCAAGAUCCUCUCCAACAGACAAACACACACUGGUGAAAGGAAUAAUCGACAGCACAGUCUCAGAGCAGCGCCAGGUUGUCGCUGUCACUGGAGAUGGAACAAAUGAUGGUCCUGCACUCAAGAAAGCUGAUGUUGGCUUUGCAAUGGGCAUUGCGGGAACUGACGUGGCAAAAGAAGCCUCUGAUAUUAUCCUCACCGAUGACAACUUUACGAGUAUUGUUAAAGCCGUGAUGUGGGGGCGAAAUGUCUACGACAGCAUCUCCAAGUUCCUGCAGUUUCAGCUCACGGUCAACGUGGUGGCAGUGAUUGUCGCAUUCACAGGUGCCUGUAUUACUCAAGAUUCUCCACUUAAAGCUGUGCAGAUGCUCUGGGUGAACCUUAUAAUGGACACGCUGGCUUCCUUGGCACUGGCCACUGAGCCACCCACAGAGUCUCUCUUACUCCGGAAACCGUACGGCCGCAAUAAGCCUCUCAUCUCUCGCACAAUGAUGAAGAACAUUUUGGGCCAUGCAUUCUAUCAGCUUGUAGUAGUCUUUACUCUGUUGUUUGCUGGAGAAAAGUUUUUUGAUAUUGACAGUGGAAGAAACGCUCCUUUGCAUGCUCCCCCUUCAGAACAUUACACUAUUGUUUUUAAUACCUUUGUGCUCAUGCAACUUUUCAACGAAAUAAAUGCCCGGAAAAUUCACGGUGAAAGAAAUGUGUUUGAAGGAAUCUUUAAUAAUGCCAUCUUCUGCACAAUUGUACUAGGCACUUUUGUGAUACAGAUAAUAAUCGUGCAAUUUGGUGGAAAACCUUUCAGUUGUUCUGAACUCUCAAUAGAGCAGUGGCUCUGGUCAAUAUUCCUGGGAAUGGGAACGUUACUCUGGGGCCAGCUUAUUUCAACAAUUCCAACUAGCCGUUUAAAAUUCCUCAAAGAAGCUGGCCACGGAACACAGAAAGAGGAAAUACCUGAGGAGGAGUUAGCAGAAGACGUAGAGGAAAUUGAUCAUGCUGAGCGGGAGUUGCGGCGUGGCCAGAUCUUGUGGUUUAGAGGUCUGAACCGAAUCCAGACGCAGAUGGAUGUAGUGAAUGCUUUCCAGAGUGGAAGUUCCAUUCAGGGGGCUCUAAGGCGGCAACCCUCCAUCGCCAGCCAGCAUCAUGAUGUAACAAAUAUUUCUACCCCUACACAUAUUCGAGUGGUGAAUGCAUUUCGUAGUUCUUUAUAUGAAGGGUUAGAAAAGCCGGAAUCAAGAAGUUCAAUUCACAACUUUAUGACCCAUCCUGAGUUUAGGAUAGAAGAUUCAGAGCCUCACAUCCCCCUUAUCGAUGACACUGACGCUGAAGAUGAUGCUCCUACAAAACGUAACUCCAGUCCUCCACCCUCUCCCAACAAAAAUAACAAUGCUGUCGACAGCGGGAUUCACCUGACCAUAGAAAUGAACAAGUCUGCUACCUCUUCAUCCCCAGGAAGCCCACUACAUAGUUUGGAAACAUCACUCUGAUUGUAAGCGGAAUAGCAACACACUAGCUGUAUUGUAAAGAAACAAAUUGAAAUUGAAACUGGGUCUCUUCACAUCUUGUGACGGACAAGAUUGAAUUCUUGUCUUUGGACUUCAACAGAAGACACACUUGUACGAAUGUAGAUUUAUUUUUUUAAAAAACAAAAAAGCAAAGCUUUCUGCCAGACUGAGGGUGCUUUUUUGGGGGGGUGGGAGAAAUGAACUGACCGAUCAACAGUAACUCGGCAUAUGUUGACCUGUGGAUCAUCAUUAGUACCUGCAAGUGGUCCUGAGCAGUGUAUUUAGCAGAGCUUUGGUUUAUCUCAGUCCUUGAUGGGAGAGUGGAAAGGGUAAAAGUUGAGCAGGCAAAGAGCCCUGGAUCAUUGAAAUGAUACUUUGAUUUCUGCUGUUGGCUGUUAAUAAUUUGGAUUAUUUAUGUUUAUAAAUGAUACAGAUCUGUUUACAAGGUUUGUAGAUACUUUUUUUUGUUCCUGUUCAUAGGUGGGAAGCUUCCUUAUAACUGAUGCAGAGAAAAAUUAGUCCUUCAAAUACUGCUGUAUUUUCAGGAAAAAAAGGGGGGGGGGGUGUUUCUAUUGAAACUGUACUAAAUUUUUGCCUACAAUUUACCUUGUUAAAUAUUGUAGAUAAAUUGCUAAUACUAAUAGCCAAAUAGAUAACACUAAUGCUUUGUUUAAAAAAACAAAAAACAAAAAAACAAGAGCAGUGGUGUUCUAAUGAAGUUACGGCAUCUGUCCUAAUUAGUUUCUUAAAUACAUUUACUACUUAAUGGUUUUGAAACAACUGUUUAAUUUUUAAAAUUUUUUGAAAACUUGCUAAUAACCUUUUGUUCAGAAUUUAGUAGAUUGUUUAAUGCAGGACAUCAACUACAUAAUGAAAGAGGCUUGAAAUGCUUUUGUUAUUUCAGGCAAAUCAACUAAAUCAAACUAUAAGAGAACCUUAGUCCCUUUUGUUUUCGUCUCAACCUGUUAGUUCAGUGGUGUCUUGGUGAACUGUGAGUGAACUGUAUUGAUUUUUCUAAUAAAUCCUUAGAAACCUUCAUACAGCAUGAGGGCUGUUGGCAUUUUGAAAAAAAAAAAGGUUAAUAAAUAGAAGCAUACAUGUUUUUCUUUUGUUUUUGAAACUUGUUUGUAACAUAAAUAAAUAUGCCCUUUUAUUAAAUAAAUAUACAGCGAUGUUGUUUUUUAAAAGGAAUUUCCGUUUCUUUACUCAGUUCUACAUAUAUGGUGCCUCAGUCACUUCUCUUUAAUCACAAUUGAAAUAAGUUUCAAGAUGGUAACAGCCCCAUGAAAAACUGCUUCAGUUCCUUGGCAGAAACCUGAUAAAAUGAGAUUACAAAAACCAUGGCAAUUUCACUUUUUAAUACAUUUAUCAUAGAAUUUAGUUUGUCUAAAAGAUUCUUCUGUUUUUUUUUUUAAUGAAUGACCACUCUUUGAUACAUUUAUUUUUCUAAGUGGCCAAAUAACUGAUUAAAUGAGAUGUAUGGAAAAAAGGUUUUAAGAAGGCCUAAAAUAUGUUUAGAUAGAAUAGUGAACCAUAUGUUAGAAUGCCCAUCUCUGAACCAAGACCAAUUGGACAUAUAAGCUGUGUUAACCUUUGUCUGCCCUCUCUCCCACUUUUUUUCCCUUUGGCUUUGUCUUUACUUAGAAACUGUCAUUGUGCUAGGGCACAGAUUCCACCAGAGAAAUAAUCCUCAGGCUGACAUAAAAGUUUACGGGGGACUUACUUCAACAUCUGGGAAUGGUGACCCAGCAAAGAAACAUAAAGGAUGGUGCUUGAUUAUUUUUGUUGGGUGGGGGAAAUCACUUUCUCUCCAUCAAUCCUUUGCAGUUAUCUUCUGCAAGUCUUUGAAACACAUUGGCUCUGUCAGCAUAUGUAUUGUACAUUUAUUCAUCAGGUAUUUAUAGCAAAUCACACUGUAUAAAGAGGUAGCAUGAUAUGCUGGAAAGCAUUCCAGGCUUGAAGUCAGAACCUGAUUUCUAGUCUUGGUUUUGCCAUAAAUGUGCUGCAUGACCUUGAAAAAAAAAUUAUCUGCCCUAAAUGAGGGUGAUUGACUCGACUCUUGAAGAACCCUUUCAACUCUUCCAAAUUGACCCUAUCAACUGGAGAAGCCGACAGGGCAUAGGGGAUAGAGAAAAGGGAAAUGUUUUCAGUUUUUAUUUUAUUUUGGUUAUGCUUAAAUAUGAAUGUAAUUUCCAAAAGAUUUAGAAGUGCAUGUGCUUUGGAGGAUUUGUAUUGAGCUUUUGCAGUAUUCAUUUUUCAACUUAAGGCAAUGGCUUUUUACACCCACCCUAAUCCAUGAGCGGGUCUUAGGACAUCCAUGAAGUAGUAGCAGGACAUGCUUAGUAUGUAUUUCCCUCUGUGAGACACUGUAAUUUCUACCAGAAAUUUCCAGAGCAUUAUGUAAGUAGGAAAAAUACAAGCGAGCUGUUAAAGAUCUUGGAUCCCAUUAUAUAGUAUGUAUAGCUGAAAUCAGCAUCUGUAAUUCAAUCACUUUUCUCUUUUAUCCUCUUAAAAAAAUGUUUAAUUUUGCAUCCCAAAUGUUUUUAAUCUUUGUAUAUUUUUUAAAAAUCCUUUUCUCCUCUUCAUUGCCUUUUUGUGGUUAUAAAUAGACUUUCUUGCACUUUGAAGAUGAGUUACUCCUUGUCAUCUUACAAAUAUGUGAUAUGGUAAUUUUCAUAACAGAUGUCAGUUUUGAACCAAGAAAUGGUGAUUUGUUUAUAAGAAAAAAAAAACGGCUUCAUUUCUGUGAAAUUGCUCUUUGAAAAUUUCUUUUUACACAUGUAAGCCAACUGAGAUACCGUGAUGGUGUUGAUUUCUUUCAAUGAUGCUUACCAUCUAUUUUAGCCACUGAGCCUUUUAUUAUUUGUCUAUUUGUAAAGUUUAUUUGUCUUAACUCAUUUAAUAAAUAUACUGUUUAUCUGUUUCUGAA